CCGCCGCCGCUCCUCCUUCCAUCGGGCGCUACACCGCGCGGGGCUAAACGGCCUUCCGGGACGCCGCCCGCCGCGAGGAGUUUGCUGUGCCCCAGCGCCGCGAGCCCCGGUGACUCGCCCUCGCUCUACCCAGAAACCUUCCGCCUCAGCCCGCGCGGGAGGAGCGGGGCCUCUGAGGGGAGCGGCUACCCCGCCGGCCCCGGUCUCUUUCCCUGGCGGCGGCGGCUUCUUCUGUAGGACAAUAUGUUCAAGAGAAUGGCCGAAUUUGGGCCUGACUCCGGCGGGAGAGUGAAGGGGGUUACUAUCGUUAAACCAAUAGUUUAUGGUAAUGUUGCUCGAUAUUUCGGGAAGAAGAGAGAAGAGGAUGGGCACACCCAUCAGUGGACAGUGUAUGUCAAACCGUAUAGAAAUGAGGAUAUGUCAGCAUAUGUGAAGAAAAUCCAAUUUAAAUUACAUGAAAGCUAUGGCAAUCCUUUAAGAGUUGUUACUAAGCCUCCAUAUGAAAUUACUGAAACAGGAUGGGGUGAAUUUGAAAUAAUCAUCAAAAUAUUUUUCAUUGAUCCUAAUGAAAGACCUGUGACCCUCUAUCAUUUAUUAAAGCUGUUUCAGUCAGACACCAAUGCAAUGCUGGGAAAAAAGACAGUGGUUUCAGAGUUCUAUGAUGAAAUGAUAUUUCAAGACCCAACAGCAAUGAUGCAACAAUUAUUAACAACAUCUCGCCAGCUAACGUUAGGAGCCUAUAAGCAUGAAACAGAAUGGCUUUUUUCCCCUGGUUUUCCAAACCGUGCUGCUUCCAGUCAGUGAUAUCUUAUCAAAAGUACAGCUACGCUUUAAUAGCCAUCAGCAGCAAUUACCUGAAAUGCCCACAAGAUGGAAAUGUUGGAUGAAAGUAGGCAUUUUUCUUUGUAAAGCAUAAUACUACACUAUCCAAAUGGAAUAUUUAAAUGGAUGUAUUCACCUGGGUGACUCUGUCAGUUAAGCGGCUAACUUCAGCUCAGGUCAUGGUCUCUUCAUGGGUUCGAGCCACAUAUUGGGCUCUGCUGACAGCUCAGAGCCUGGAGCCUGCUUCGGAUUCUGUGUCUCCCUCUCUGCCCCUCCCCCACUUGUGCUCUGUCUCUCUCUCUUUCAAAAUUAAAUAAACAUUAAAAAUAAUAAAUAGGUGUAUUCUAUUUUACAGUAAUGAUAUUUUCUUUAGUAAUUUGUUAUGUAGUCAGCUAGAAUGUUUUAGAUAUCAUUUAGUGUUUCUUUGUCAUAUUGGUAGUUAGGAUGGCUUUUUAUGUACCUGGCAGUAUUCCAGAUACUUUAUAUACAUUAAUUCAUUUAAAAUGUUUAAAUAAAGUUUACAUAUCAACUAAAAAUGGAAGUUCACAGCUCUGCUUACCCUACUUCAUAAGAUGCUAGGUCCUCUUUGACUAGCUGGUCAUUAAUACCAGUAGGAGUCAUUCCACAAGCACCAAGAAAAUAGAAAAGCUCAACUAAGAGCACAUUAUCUACCAGAAUUUCUGUAAAACCACGAAGACUAGUUUGGGAGAAAGAAAUAGGUCGCAAAAUAAAUGAAGCAAUUAAAACUAGAAGUUAAGGGUGUCUGGGUGGCUCAGUCAGUUAAGUGUCUGACUCUUCGAUUUUGGGCCCUGGUCAUGAUCUGGCAAGUAGUUCAUGAGAUUGAGCUCUGUGUCAGGCUCUGGGCUAUCAGCACAGAGCCUGCUUGGGAUUCUCUCUCUCCCUGUCUGUCUGCCCUCCCCCACUGGCAUGCGAGUGCA